AUGGCUGAGGAAUUCCUAAAUUCAAUACAGUUUGACGGAAAUAAUGCAGACCUCCAGGCUCCCAGCACCCACGGUGAAGGAGAAAAGCCCAAAGACGCUUUUCGGAUAGGGAUAGAUACGUUCGGAAUGGGAUUUAUCAGGGGUCCUCCGACUCACUUUAUGCCUGGAUUUCAAACAAAAAAUCUGGAGCAUGCUCAGCUCUCUCUGAAUUUCGGGAAGCAACAAGAUUCGAUUACGACGACUAUCCUGGCAAGCAUUAGGCAAUCUCUUGGCCGCGCCCUUUUUGACGCUCCGUAUUUUCAAGUGUUACUCUGCACCAGCAAACUCUGUGACAUCGAGAAGGUCAUAUACAAUAAUGAUCCACGCAGUGGAGACUUCAAACACGUAACUUUGACCAUCACAUUCUCUAGGCCUCCCCAUAUCAAAGCUGAUUGGAAGCACCUGUAUCCGCGUGACGAGCCGCUACCGCCUGGGGUUCACAUUCGGCGGGCUACCGAGGAUGACUGGAAUAAUGCCAUACCCAAGGAUGAACACUGUUUUCAGCCUUUGUCUCCACUCCCUUGCGGGGACCGGCGGAAAGCCCCGAUGAAGUUUGGACUUUGGAGGACAUAUCAGUUUACUGCCGUCUUGGACAAGAGAGCACGAGACAGCGUUCUUCAUACUCUUGAUCGGUUACGGACGCUGGAACGCGGGGAAGAAGCUCGAACAACAGUGGAUUAUGAUCCCAUCAGGGUCAUCCAGACAUCUCCUUCAACAAUAAAUACCAUUGCCGAUUAUUUAAGACACGAAUACAAGGACCACCCGAACUCCUUUGAGUGUCAAUACUUGUUCCUCGGGCUUGUCUCUCAUGGCAUCCUCUUGCCGCACGCUGAUUCCGUCAGCAAACUGAGGCACCACCUACGGUUCUCGUUCAAUGCUCCUAGGGUUCUCCGUGCCCUUUUUCGGUUAGAACGCCUAGAUGAAUCUCAAACGGAGCAACAGGUCAAGGCCGCAGAGGUCGUCCAUAUCACUCAGGCUGGCCAUUCGACCAACGAAGCUGGUUUUCCGACUGAUCUUCUGUCGGAUCGUAUUUUUAUGAGACGUGUCCACGUCACCCCGACUCGAAUUCUGCUUUUUCCAGCGACGAUUGAGACCAGCAAUAGGGUCAUUCGACAUUGGGCAGAGUUUCAGGACAACUUUUUGCGCGUGAGUUUUGGGGACGAAAAUGGUAAACUUCGGAUCAACGCGCUUUUGCAACGAAGCGACGAUGAUAAUCCACGCACGGGAGUUCUUGCACGGAUACGCAUUGCUCUUGAGGAAGGCAUACAAAUUGGCCCACGACAUUACGUUUUUCUUGCCGCCGGCGAGUCACAGCUGAAGGAACAUUCUUGUUGGAUGAUUCACGAAGAGCCGGAUCGCGGAUUCACUGCAGACAUUGUCCGUCAGCAUAUGGGCAACUUUGGACAUAUCCGCAUUGUUGCCAAGUACGCUAGUAGGAUGGGUUUAUGCUUCAGCGCUACGAGGAAGGUCUGCGACAUAACGUCGAAAGAGAGAAUACCAGACAUCGAGCAUCAUGGAUACAACUACACUGACGGCGUGGGGAAUUGUAGCGUCGAGCUUGCUGAGAUGUGCGCCAAAGCUCUUGGAAAUACCACAUCUCCAUCGGCGGUUCAAAUACGGAUGGGAGGCUAUAAAGGCGUUUUAUCCGUCCUUCCUCGCCUUCGAGGAACGCACGUGAGGGUGCGCCCUUCCAUGAGAAAGUUUGCUAGCCGCAACACUGAAUUGGGGGUAAUGAAAAUAUCCACCCACUCACAUGCCCACCUCAAUCGCCAGGCCAUCUCGCUUCUAUCUCAUCUCGGCGUGCCCGACGAAGUCUUUGUCCGGAUGAUGCAGGUCCAGAUUAGGAAUAUCAAGAAUAUUGAAUUGCACAUUGAGCGGUUAGACGAUACAAAGCAUAUGGCCAGGAAACUCUACAAGUCUUCGGAGCUGCCGAUCUUGCAGAUGCUGAAGGCCCGAUUUAACAAGGAACCCCUGUUGCGAAAUGUGCUGAAGUGCAUAGAGUGUCAGCUUCUGCAGGAUUUGAAAUAUCGGGCUGAAGAAGCAGGAAGACUAAACAGCAAUGCCAAUUCAACAGCGGAUCCAAGUAAACGAGGGAGCCUUUUUGAUGGGUAUCGCGGACGAAUUUGGGAGAAAUAUACUGCGCCGUACAUCCGCCUGGAGGCAAACGGCAUGUUGUUACUGGGCAAUGUACGAUCUUUCGUAAUCCAUGCCUCCAUCCUGAUUUCAGGUGAUAUUCAGCUAGCAACAGCCAUCGACCAUGAGCGGUUUUCCUCGCAGGUCUGGCAGGACCAUCCGCCUACAAACGUCGUCAUCUUCUCUACGCAAGUGGGCGAAAGAAAUCUUCCCUCUAAACUUUCUGGAGGCGACUUGGACGGGGACUUCUUCACAGUUUUAUGGGACCCUGAACUUCAGAUCAAGGAUCCACAAGAACCGAUGGACUAUACUGCUGUAGAACCAGAGGAGAUCCCAGAUGAGCAGGAGAACGUUGAAGUCGAAGAUAUAUGUGACUUCUUUGUAGAGUUCAUGAAAUCCGAUGUCCUGGGAUUAGUUUCGAGUAUACACGAGGCGAAAUCUGACGAGCUUGAACCGUCCGAUCCUCAGUGUUUGGAACUUGCACGAUUAGCUUCGAACGCGGUCGAUUUUACAAAGUCGGGGGUGCCUGUGAAAAUACCUCUUCAUCUUCAAAACAGCGAGGGUCCAGACUUCCAACGUGAAGGCGGAUACGAGUCCCCAAAGGUUUUGGGACAACUUUACAGGCUUAUCCAGCCACCUCUAGAGCAUAUACCUAUCUCCGGCGUGCAUCGAAAACACUCCUGGUUACCAAACAUGAUGAUACCGACAUUGUACCUGAAGGAAGCAGGGAAGGCCAAACAUGCCUAUGACAUUGAAUUGGAGGGGCUCAUGCGAAGACACACCAUGUGUGAGGCAGAGCUGUGGGCGGGCGUCUCCGUCAAUGGGGAUCGAAAGAAGAAACGAGAACGUGACUCCGCUGUGCGGGGACCUGUCAAAGAGGCAAUGGAGGCAUUGCGGCGUACGUACCGAAAUCAUGCAAAGCGAUUUGUCAAAGCUCAGCGCGAGGGCGGGGACAUGAAAAAAUGGGCUAUUGCUGCAUAUCACGUUACAUACGAACGAGACUCGACGAACGAAUACGUCAAUAUACACAACGAGAGUAACAGGGGAAGCACACCUGGCAGCAUGUAUGCUGAUGAAGGUUUACUUGAGGAACAAGAUGAAGAGGUCCCUCGGAAACAACUGAUUUCAUUCCCAUGGAUAUGGGCGCUAGAGCUGUGUCACGCUGUUACAGACGAUAUUAUCAAGGAAGAGGAGGAAGACGACGCUGCGUUGUUGCAAGACCAGGUGGAGGACGUCUGA